GCUGAGUGCGCGCAGGACGGCCACGCCCACCGUCACGUGUGCAGCGCGCGCCUCCAGGCUAACCGAGGAGCCUGCGAGCCUGCACACCUGCAGACAGACACGCCCCGCGAGCACAGCCCGGAAAAGCCCGCGCAGACGAGUGGGCCUCCUACAGGCAGAGGGUUACACGAAGCCCGAACCCACGCACAACUGCUGACACGGUCACACACGUCUACACGUGCUGCAGUCAUCGCACCGGUAAACGUGCGCUGGGCCGGAACCAUGACUUCCGUGUGAUGCCAAACAGGGCGCUUGGUGCGUGGCCCAGCAGGAACGGUUCGAGGUCAACUCCGACUGUGUCCUCCAGUCAGAAGCGCUGUGCCAGCAGCGAUAAGCUGCUGCCAUCUGUCCACUUUGCUUUUGUAUGGAGAUUGAACCCAGUGCUUUCAUACCGAGAGCUGCAUCACCUGCCCUUUUUUAUUAAGGGCCUCACGAAAUCGCCCAGGCUAGUCUUCAACUUUGUACCCUCCUGCCUCAGCCUCCUUAAACGCUGGGAUUACAAGCCUGUGCCACCAUACCCGGCUUGAUACCUGCUUUUGCAGUGUCAUCAGUGUGGAGCGCCAACUCAGCUGCUGUCCGAUGAAAGUUACUCUUUUAAAAUUUCCACCUUCAGGUUCACCUGUUAUUCAAGGGAUAAUGCUUUAGGGGUGGGAAACGCCUCCCUGCGUAUAUUAUUCUGGCGGGGGCAGGAGCAGAAGCACCAAGGUCUCUGCGGGCCAUGGGAGGAGCACGUCCCGGAGGAUGCCGCGGUGGCCUUGCCCACUGAUAAGGAGGCCACCGAGAGGAAGCACCUCAGAUUCAGCGCUGCCUCUCCCACCUCUGGGUGCCCCUGACUUCCGCCCAGAACACAUGCACUUCAGCCUUCCAGGAUCUGGGGGAGCGGGGAACGGCAUUUGAGCAGGCUGCUCCCUUAGUGCCUACCCCAGGAAGGACACCCGGCCUGCAUAUGGUGACACUGGGGUUCAAAAGCAGAGCGUGGACUUUGACUCCCGUCUUACUCAGUAAUCAGUGUGACCACAAGCACACUGAUUACAUUAAUGCUGAGUCAGCUUUCUACAAGUGGAAAUGGAGGUGUCCUCUCUGGGUUCUCCAGCAGCAGAGCCCUGGCAGAUGAGCCUGCGUGCACUGUCGCUGUGCUGGGAAGCAGAGGCGAAGGAUGCAGAAAGGUGGUGAGCCUGGGCAGGGCUGUCUUGGUGCCAGUGCUGGGGCUGCAGCCCCGGAAGUGCCAUAUCCCCUGUGCCAGUGAGGUCGCGUGGAAGGACCAUGUCUCCCACAGGCUGUGGCCCAUCGUGAAGCUGUUGGAGCUGAACCCUGACCACCAGACGACAUCACAUGGCCGUAUUCACAUCUGGGAGAAAUUCAACUACAAAACCAUGAUGAAGUUGGAGCAAUGCCAGAAAUGUCACCUCUGCCCUGUAUCCUGGCUUUCUGGAUACAAAGCCAUAGGAGCGACAGUGUGGAUGACCCAGAGUUCCAACAACAUAUGGAUUCCAGCAAGUGAAAUCCCGAGGCAUUCGAAGAAGUCUCACAGGCGAGGAGAAGGUGACCCACAGGCUCGAGGGAACGGCGCCUGUAUCCGGGCAAAGUUGAGAUCCCUCCAAGGCUUUGGGCCGUGCAGUCCUCUGCCCCAGUGCACUGCUGUGGUGGCUCCCCGGGCAUCACUGUGCUGGGUGGGGGCGGCUCAGCGGUGGCCCUGUACUCCGGUGACCUGCGAGGCUUCAUCUUAUGUGACCACUGGACUGGCCCACAGCCCGACGAGAUAGUGCAUCAGAAGUCACCAAGCGUUUGCGGGAAGGAGGACCCAGGUGGGCACAGUGCAGCACUCAGGGGAAGCCUGAGCCGUGGGGGAUCCACCACACGCUGCUGCCUGCACACCAGAUGGCUCCCUUCUGCCAUUGGCUGAGCAGACUGCAGCUCCGAGGCCCUCACUUGGCCUCAGGGCUUCCAGGAGGACCUGGACCUGGACAGGACUGCACAGCACUAGGCCGGGCUCUGUACCAAGCCAAACGCAGCUGAGUCCUGGAGACGCAGCAGCAAGCCCGGGCCACUGUCUCAGCCUGGGCUCCAGUGGCCGAUGCCUGGGCUGAGAGCGCCAGGCUCCAGGGCUGAGCGCUUUCCAUUGCUGGCUGAGGGGAAGCCUUGGCUGGGGCCUGCAGAGAAGCAAAGGACCUGGCCAGGCCGAGCUUCCCUCCAGGGCCACGCCUCCCUCUGUGGCUACACCCACAUGACAUAGCUUCCUCCCACUAAGCCCCACCACCUCCCAAUAGCACCACAGCCUGGGAACCAAGCCUUGGACACCUGGGCCUUUUAAGAGCCAAGCCUGGAAGGGACCUUCUUUAGUCACGAUUUCUUCAUAGAAUUUUCAUCCUCUGCUGAAGUGGAACAUUGGUGGACUUUCUCUCCCUCUCCCUUGUGAAACUGUCUAUGCAGAGGACCCUAAUACACAGCCCUAUAAACUGUGAGAAUAGAGAAGGCACUAUCCAUGGCUUCGCUUGGAAGCAUGAUUUUAAAAUUUCUAAGAAGUUGAAAGCUAUGAUAAUAACCAUGAAAUAGACAUUCAUAGAGGGACUGUGUCUAAAUGUUCUAAGGUAAAUCCAGAAGCAGGCUGUGUGUUAAAUACAACUCAAGUGAUUUGUGACCCACUGACCACCCGAGAAGUGUGACCAGCAAAGACUGCUGCUACCAAAAUGAGCAGAAUAACCAUGCACUGCAUUUUCCCUCAAUAAGACCUAACUGGAAAAUAAGCCCUAGCAUGAUUUUGUGGGAUGCUUGUAAGAUAAACCAUAACCCAGAAAUCAUUAUGCCCUGGUUAAUAUUGUCAGGCAGACAGAGGCACUUAGUACAUCCGUUACAACACACACCAGAUGUGCUGAAUUAUGAAAUAAUGUUACUAUAGUUAAAUAUAUGUAAAUGUUGGCAUUAAUACUAAAAUAAUAAUAUAAAUUGUAAUUAAGUAUUUGUAAUUAACAAAGUGGGCACCCUGGGACCUGGGGGAAAUGCCUUGCAAACAGAUGAACUUGAAGCUUGCUGCUGCCUGACCUAUCAGAUGAGGACAACACAACGCAGGAAUGACGUGCACACUGCGUAACAAGUGGGUGUGGCUUUGUCUAAUACACAGCUUCAUAAUUACACCAUUGUGUGACAGUGCAGCAGGAGCAGGCUACCCCCAAAAGAUGCGCUCAUCAAAGGACCGCUGAGACCCAGGCUGACGGUUCUACAGGAAGUAGGGUUGCAAGAAAUUCAGGCCAGAAUUUGGGAUUUGAAAAAAUUAUGCUGAUGUUCCAGAAGAUGACAUGACUGAACCUUAAUAAAAGGGAUUUUUUUCACAUGAAUAAAUGUAAUUUUUUGGCAAUGGGGAAUUUAACCCAGGGCCUCACAUAUGCUAGACAAAUGUGCUACUGCCAAAAUGCAACCUUAGUUCUGUAUAAAUUCUUCCUUGUUUGAGACAAGAUCUCAAUAAGUUAUUCAGUCUGCCUCAAAUUUGAGAUCCUCCUGCCUCAGCCUCUCAAGUAGCUGGGAUUACAGGCACGUGCUACCAUUCCCAGUUGCAGAUGGCUUUUAGACGUGAAAAAACCUCAUAAUAUACAAACCAAAUGUUCUAGGCUGACACCAGAAGCCAACAGAUACUUUCUGACAUAUACAACUCCCUUUGAGUAUGAGUGGGACCUGUGGACUACAUGGGAUAACUACUGCCUUAACUAUGUCACAUGAUAGGUAAAAUUCUAGGCUUGUCACACCCUUGAUCUCAUCAUGUUAUUCAGGACUUUGUUUUAUCAGAGCUGACUGAGAUUCUUGUGCUAACUCUGAAAGAAAUAAGCUUAUGUUGUUGGACUGCAGCCAGGGAAAGCCAACCUGCUCUAGCUGAGAGAGGUCCCAGAAGGCCAGCAAGAAAAACUGUGCCCCAUUCCUCCAACUGCAGGGAACUCAAUACUGCCACCAGACUGAGGGAUGUGACAUGGGCCCAUCCUUCCCGGAGAAGGCCUUAAGAGAAACCAGCUGGGCAGAACCCACCAUGUGGCCAGAUAGACCCCAGGAGAGGACACAGCUGACCCAGGCCUGAACUUGCCAUCCCUAAAGACUGAACACUUACAUAACAAAAUAAUAGGAGAAUAUCAAUAGUCAAUACAUUGAGUAUUGCUAUCUUUAAAGUAGUCAGCAUAUGAGAUAUGGGCACCUGUGUUGUUCAAGCUAAUAUCCUUGUGACAAUCUAUCACACAACAACAGAAAGCUCGAAAAAUGCUAAGCUUCACUCACAGAGAGGUGUGAACUGGAGCUCUUGGGAAAUGCAAAUUCCUUUGUCUGAUUGGCAAAGAAAAUACGGCAAACAUGCUGUGUGAGCAGGAGUAUGAGACACACACCUGCUCAUAACUUACUAGUGACAGAUGAGGUAGUAUAGUUUCUAUGGAGGACCACUUUCAAAAUACCUAGCAAGAUUGAAAAACAUCUACCUCUAAUUGAACAUACAGACCUGCCUUAGUUACUUUUUUCUCAUUGCUGAGACAAAGUAUCUGACUCCCAAAGUUAAGGAGGGAAAGCUUUGUGGAAGUUUCAUUCUACAAUCAGCUGGCUCCAUAGCAGGGUGGCGUGGCAGAGGGGCAGCAACUCAUGGUGGCAGAAGACAGCAAAAGCAAGAACACAAAAGGUGGGGGGGAGCAAGGCUCUUUUCCUCCCUUACAUUUCAAGCAGGCUACCCGCCCUAGGGUAGGUGCAGCACUCAUACCAAUUCCAGUACUCUCCUUUUGCACAGGCUGGGGAUGUCUAACGUGAGGGCCCUGGCCCCCUGCUGAGUCACUUGGUUAAACUUCUAACCUUGAUUUAAGCUGAAACAAUUAAUUAAGCAUUACAACAUCCUACAGGGUAAACACCUGCCCUGAGCAUCCUUUACACCCCAGGAUGUAGGACUGCUGAGUUACUUAAUUAUGCUACUAAACUUCUCAAAUUGACACAAUGUAUCGACCAUUACAAAAUCCAUUUACAAAGGGAAAGGUACAAUAUUAGUUACAGCAGUGUUGUUUGUAACAACAAAAAUGAGACUCACCUAUGUAUUUAUCAGUAAAUAGUGCCCAAUAAAUUUUAGUAUAUCCAUAAAAAUACUUUGGAGCACUAAAGGAGGAGAUUCUUUAAGCAGUGAUAUUGAUAUUCACAAUAUAUUUUUACAGAGGAAAAUCCAUCUUUGGUAUUUGUAUAUAAUAAGCCACCAUCUGGGGCAGAGAGAAGGGAAAGGGGAAUAUAUCUGGGUGCAUAUGCACAAAAUAUUCCUGGAAGGUUUACAAGAAACUCCUAACAUGUUUUAUCUCUAAGGAAGGGCUAAGAGGCUGGUGCAGAGUGAAGCAUUUUCACUGCAUCUUGUUUUGCGUGCUUUAAACUUUAGCUCACGUGGGUCUGCUGUCCAUGUAAAUAUAAUAAACACUUCAGCCACAGGUGUUCGGGUCCUCCUGCCGGGGCCCUGGAGAAGUUGCCACACAGCUGGGAAGGCAGAUGUCCCCCUGGGAGUGCAGUCUGCAGAGAAUAACAGUAACACGAAAACUUCUAUCAGUCAAACAUGUUUCCUUCUAAACACCAACACUGGUAUUUGUAGACACUGUAAACUGAUGCAAGAAAAUGGGAAAGGAAACGCACAACUUUUCCAUGGCACGUCAUGAUGAGGAAGGAGGCUCCACCAGCUCUGGGAAGCAGAGCAGUGUGUCGGGGGUGCAUUUCGCACUGUCAGAAGCCCCGGUGCCCUGAGCAUUGCCACAGUGAACAGGGGUCUGCAGCCCGUGUCCAGCCUGCAGCUGGAGGUGAGGUCCAGGGUGCCUGAUCCCCUGAGCACCCGAGCAGGGAGGUUUCACAAUGCUUCAGUGCACUGACAUUCAGAGAAGGACCCUGCGUGUGAAAACAGAAAGUUAGAGAACAAGCACCAGAAAUUUUAAAAACAAAACGGAACGUUUUUGCUAAAUGCAGAAAAAUGAGGCACCCCAGUGCUGUGUUCCAGGCUGGAACCCAAGACUUCUUUCUGGCUGGUCUGAUUUUCACCACGAUUCUGUGCUCACCUGAAUCAAGGAUGGACCAUGACAGCGGCUGUAAGUUAGAGAGGAGUUUUGAUUUGUGUUCCUUUGUUUCACUGUCUUUUCAGACAGCUGGUAGUAAAUUAUCCUUCAUCCAAAAAUAAUUGAAAAUAGAAACAAAAUGAAUUCCCUGAUCUGCAGGAAGACAUGUUAUAAAAUUACUGUUAUAAGUGAAUGACAAGAGCCUGUAAUCAUAGCUGCUUGGGAGGCUGAGGCAGAAGAAAGAUGAGCUCCAGGUCAGGCCAGGGAACAGCAAAAGAUGCAGGUUGUGAUGGUCGGUGCUAGGGCACUUGCCUCACAUGCGUGGGCCCUGGGCUUGAUUCCCAGCACUAAAAAGUGAAAUUUGUGAUCUGUGUCUCUCAUUUACUUAGUCCUGUUCUUAAUGUCUGCAAAUUGCUCUCUGAACUAGUCCUGUUAUCUUCUCUCAGUGAUAGCAUUUGUGUAGCUGAAAAGUAAAUAAUAAAUAACAUGUAAAUUUUGAAGCCACCCUGAAUAUGAAGUAAUGCCAUGCACUAUUUAAAGUAUGGGUACAUGCAUGUAAAAUUUCGUGUUAGGAAUUACAUGCGUGAGGACUUUGUCAUCUGGGGGUUGUUUCGUUUCCAUUCUGGGCAGACAUUUCAGGGGGCUGUCUUGAACAUAGUUAUCUAGGCUGACAGCUGACUGAUUUCCAGUGCAGGGUGCCCUGUGCAUUAUGGUGAUGGCUAACCAGCCAGGCAGGGUGGCACACACCUGUAAUUUUGGCAUUCUGGGAGGCUGACACAGGAAUAUCACAAGUCAGCCCAGCCUGGGUUCGAUCCUCAUUCACACACACACACACACACACACACACAUGUGCACAUGCACACACAGAUGGAUGGUCUACACCAUCCCUGACACCGAGUGUAAUUUUUGAACAGCCACACAGGUUCUUGUUUAAAUAUAUAUAUAUAUACCCAUAAAUCUCCUCAGAGGCAAGAGAAAGAUCAAAGGUAACUCUAAGAGCAGAACAGGAUGUCUUCCUAAUCUAAACUUGCUUGUUAGCCCACCUGAACCUUGCUCUUCCAAAGAAAUGUAACCGCCUUGUUCCUGUUCUGCAGUGUACCGGGAGCCCCACCCCCCCUCUGCAUUGUGAGACCAGCAGCUGUUUGCGAUUUUACGGGAUAAAAACUCCGCCCUUUAGCUGUUAGUCACACAGUCUUCCAUACUGACUCCUGGAGGCUGCAUCACCAGGCCUGUGCUUUAAUAAAUAAUUUUUUUCUUUCCAAA